AUGUUUGAAGAACAUAUUGCAGAUGAAAUCUAACCUAUUGAUAAAUAAGAAGUUAGAGUUUAAAUUCCCUAAAAAUCUUGGAUCUCUAUUAUUCAAGAUAAAAUUGUCUCACAAAAUCAUGUUUUUAAAAUUCUCUAACCAUUAUAGAUAAGUCAAUCUGAAAAUAUUGAAAAACAUGAAACCCAUUUAGGUGCAACACCAAGUCAAUCUGACAGAGAUGCUUUCUGUAAAAAAUAAAUAGGAUAAUCUGCCUGUUUUAGAGAAGAUUUUGGAAAAUCCAGGAUGAGUGAUUUAGAUACUUCCUCUAUUCGAUACAGGGUAUCACGUAAUAAACACUCUAUUAGACUUAACCUCAUGAAGUUCAUUUUAGGCUCAAAGUUUUUGUCAAAUAUUUAAUAUUGAGAAUCGUAUUUACCAUUAUUGGACCCUUAAUUCUUGUUUACGGAUUUCUUAACAAAGAUUGGUUAAGUUUUAUGAGCAAUUUCAGAGUCUAUGGUAAUUGGGGUGGAGUAUGGUAUAACUAUUUUCGAUGGAUAACAAACUACAUCCUAAUUAUAACAUUCAUAUAUUACACUGAUGAUGAAGAAAAAAAAAUUAUGCAUUAUGAAAUUGGUUUCUUUACUAUUUUGUACAUGUCUGAGAAUGUUACAUGUGCAAUAAAAUUUGCAUUUUUUCAUCCAUCCAGAUUGGCUCUUAUAGAAAAUUUUGAUAUAUGUGUAGUUGGUGAUUCUUGUGAUUAGAGUAUAAAUCCUUAUGAUUGGGCAUAGUAACAUCCAUCAACAAUAAGCAAAGAACUUGAAUAAUCAUUAAAAAGAUCGUAGGUGGAAAAUUCAAUAUUUCAAUUAUAUUUUAUGGUUGCUCCAAAUUCUGAGAGAUUAAAACGAAUAUAAGUAGAGGAAUAGGAUUUAAGAAAUAAGAUUUCGAUUGAAGAAAUAGCAGCGGAUGGAUUUUUGAUGGCUAAAGAGAUAAUAAAUGAAUUCAACAAAAAAUAUGAUUAUAAAUUUGGAAUAAAGUUGGGAAUAAUUUUAGGUUUAAUUCGUGUAGGAUUGUAUAUAAAGAUAAUGAAACUUUGUGAUGAAUCAGUAAAGAGCACUGGAAUAGUAGUUUAGAUGUCGAUAUUUUCUUUUUUAUAUUUCAGCACAUUAAUUUCAUUGAUGAUGUUGACUUACAGAGAUUUAAGGAGAAAGGUUUAUUCAAUGACUCAACUUUCUCAUUUGAUUUCAGCUGAGAAAGUUGAAACAUAUUAGGAAUCAAAGAUCUUUCCUACUAUAAAUUUAUUAUGUACAGUAUCAAUAUAUUCUUGGGUAAAUUUGAGAAAGAUCUUGAUAGAUUAUGGAUUACAAUUUACAAGAAGACAAACAUUCAUAUUAUCGUUCAUAAUGAUAAUAAAUACAAUAAUGAUGGGUGUAAUGACACUUCUCUUUUACAUGCAACUUAUCCCUAUAAAUACCAUUUUGUAAUAGACAGUAGAUUUCUCUAUAAUAGCUAUAUUUUCAAUUGCUUUAGUAUUAUAGGGUGCAAGAAUCAAUGCACAUUGGUCAAUUCACAGAGGAUUAUUAAGAAAGAAUCUCUUUAUAAUUUAAUAAUUGGCCUAUUAAGUAUUUAAGCCUUUGGAUUACACAUUCAAGGCAGAAGAUCCUGUAUUUAAUGUAUGAAUUAAUUAAAUUAAAGGCUCUUUUGAGAUUAUUAGAUACUGCCUAUGCUGAAGUGAUCAUUAGAGAAGAUUCCCUAUUAAAUUAUUCAAUAUUUUGCAUUCAUUCAAUACAAUAUGUGGUAAAGUAUAAUUUGAAUUCAGUUUGAUGAUUUGGGACAUUAAGAGAAAUCUUAGCCUUAUACUGUGAUGGGAAUAGCAAUGACUUAUCAAUUACUUUUAUAAGUUUGUUUGAGUGCAUUAGGAUUGAUCGGAACCUCGGGAUUAAAUUUUAUCUUAUAAAUUACUAAAUGA